UGAGUAAAGAGAGACCUCUGUCGAUCUAGAAUAAUCAGAAUCAGAUACAUUUACAGCCAUUUAGACAUUUUAUCUUUCAAAUUGCUGCGAUUAAUUCGGAGAAACCGUUGAAAACAACACCGCUUAGUUUGAGACUACGGUGUAGCUUCCUAUUGGAUGAUCCUUAUACACUUUUACUUCUGUCGCCCUCGAAUGAGCGAUCAAAAUUUAUUUCACCGUACUAUACCACUUGAACUAACGCUAAAAAUGCCUACCGGCUGUGAAUACUCUCAAAAAGAAAAGCAGUUGAUCUUUAACGUGAUUAACUUCGUUGAGAGUGAGAAAAACGGGUGGAAAAUUCCUUUGUAUAAUGUGAACGAACGUCUCGAAGCAAUGCUUGGAAUCUCAAUGCGUUCGGUUGAAAGGCUGAAGAGCGAAUUCCGAGAAGAUCAAGAGCGCCUUACUGAAGAGAUAAGAAGAACAACCGAAGAAGAGCUGAAGAAACACAAUGAAAAGCAUGAAUUAACUCUUCGCCUACGUCAUCGAAGUUCUAGUCGAGCAGAACGACGAUUUAGCCCGAUGAGAACUCAGGUAGACGUCCGGCAAUACUACUUUCCGAACAACAACAAGAACAUAUUCGAUAUACCUUCCAUCGAAUUUUAGCUGACCGAAUCUAUCCAACAACUGAGAAGAUUCUCGAUUAUAUGUUGGCUGAUGAUGAUGAUUUUCCGGUCCAUUCUCCUACAACAUUAUUGCGAUGGAUGAAAAAGUUAGGUCUCGUCUACAAACGAACGUCAAAAGUUAUUGUCCCUCUGGAUUCGCCAUCGUUUAUGGCUGCACGAGCUCGUUACUUCAGGGCUCUCGAUCAAUUAAAGAGCAAGGGUAGCAAGAUUUUCUGGCAUGACGAGACUUGGUGUAACAAAAACGAAGAGAAGGUUUUCGUUUGGACUGAUGGAACAACUGGUAAAGGUCGACUACGUAAUAGCGAUGGAAAAGGAAAAAGACUUGCGAUCUCGGCCUUACUAUCAAAUUCUGGUUUUCAUUUACCAUCUGUGGAUAUCUUCGAAUGUGAUGAAAACCACAGCAUGGAUUCAAACCACUUCGUCGCAUGGAUCGAUCGAGCAUCGCAUACAAUACGAAAAGAACUCGGGAAAGAUGCCACAGUCACUUUGAUACUCGACAAUGCCACAUGGCAUAAUCGAUUAACAGAAGAGACGAUGCCACCAAAGCGAUCGUGGAAGAAGCAACUGAUCAUCAAUUGGCUAGACAAACACGAUCUCCCUUUUACUGACAAUAUGACAAAAGCUGAACUGCUUGAAGUCGCGUUCGACAAUCUACCAUCCAAGCGCUAUGUGGUAGACGAAGUAGCAGCAAAAAAUGAUGUUCAGAUACUACGGUUACCCAUCAAACACUGUAUGCUUAAUCCGAUCGAGUUGGCGUGGUCUGGUCUCAAGAACUUCGUACGAAAAAACAACAUCAACUUUCGACUCAGUGAUGUGCGUCAUUUGGCUAUGCAAUGGAUCUCCUCAUUGACUGCCGGCGACUCUGGUGCCUACAUCGAUCACACGCUCAAGAUUGAAGAAACCUUCAAAAAAUCUGAUCGAUUUACCGAGCAGAUCGAGGAAGAUCUAAUGGACGAAGAUGAUGACGAUGUGAACUCGGAAGAAGAAGGCGUUCUUGAUUGA